AGCGGGCCUCGGGGCGGGGCCGGGGGCGCGGCUAAAUGAGGAGGGAAGGUUCGCCUGUCACUCACGGCUCGCCGCUGUCCUGCUGCUACCAAGUCCUCUGAGCUGCGAAGGUCAUGCUGCCCAACACCGGGAAGCUAGCGGGAUGCACGGUUUUCAUCACAGGUGCAAGCCGGGGCAUCGGCAAAGCUAUUGCGUUGAAAGCAGCGAAGGAUGGAGCAAAUAUUGUAAUUGCUGCGAAGACCGCCCAAACACACCCGAAGCUCCCAGGCACGAUCUACACAGCUGCUGAGGAAAUUGAAGCCGCUGGAGGAAAGGCCUUGCCAUGUGUUGUUGACGUGAGAGAUGAGCAGCAAAUCAACAGUGCAGUGGAAAAAGCUGUCGAGAAAUUCGGAGGAAUUGAUAUUUUGGUGAACAAUGCGAGUGCUAUUAGCUUGACCAACACAUUGGAUACUCCUACAAAGAGAGUGGACUUGAUGAUGAGUGUGAACACCAGGGGCACCUACCUUACAUCCAAAGCAUGUAUUCCUUUUUUAAGAAAGAGCAAAGUAGCUCAUAUUCUCAAUCUCAGCCCACCCUUGAACCUAAAUCCUCUGUGGUUCAAACAGCACUGUGCCUAUACCAUUGCCAAAUAUGGCAUGUCUAUGUGUGUGCUUGGAAUGGCAGAAGAAUUUAGAGGUGAAAUUGCAGUCAAUGCCUUAUGGCCUAAAACAGCUAUACAUACUGCUGCUAUGGAUAUGCUUGGAGGAGCUGGUAUUGAAAGCCAGUGUAGAAAAGCGGACAUCAUUGCGGAUGCUGCAUAUUCCAUUUUCAAAAGGCCAAAAAGUUUUACUGGAAACUUCAUUCUUGAUGAAAAUAUCUUAAAAGAAGAAGGAAUAAGCAAUUUUGAUGUCUAUGCGAUUGUACCAGGCCAUCCCUUGAUACCAGAUUUCUUCUUAGAUGAACACCCAGAUGAAACUAUGAAGAAAACAGAGUCACAUGAUCCUGUGCCACAAGUAAAAGAAGAGAAGCCACAGCCACAGCCACAGUUGCAGCCACAGCCACAGCCACAGCCACAGCCACCACCACAGCUGCAGCCACAGCCACCACCAAAACCACAUUUUGGAGCUGUGGAAGAAACAUUUAGAAUUGUUAAGGAAUCUCUCAGUGAUGAGGUCGUUCGAGCCACACAAGCAGUCUAUCAGUUUGAACUCUCAGGGGAAGAUGGUGGCACAUGGUUUCUUGAUCUGAAGAGUAAGGGUGGGAAAGUUGGACAUGGAGAGCCCUCCAAUCGGGCAGACGUGGUGAUGAGUAUGACCACUGAUAACUUUGUCAAAAUGUUCUCAGGGAAACUAAAGCCAACCAUGGCAUUCAUGUCGGGAAAACUGAAGAUUAAAGGAAACAUUGCCCUCGCAAUCAAACUGGAGAAGCUAAUGACCCAGAUGAACGCCAGACUGUGAAGGACAAGGGCGAAAGCAUUGACUCUUCUCAGAAGUAAAAAGCUCAAGAGUUAACAUCAGAUGUUUCCUCCACUGUCUUAUAAGGACACAUAUGUUUGUUCUGGAAAAAAGUAGAAUUUCUGUAUCUAUAUAACUUGAAAUUGUAAUUAAAACAACUAACCAAUUAAGUACAAGUUUCAUUAAGUGGCAUCUACACUCAUUGCUUUUUUGCAGGAAAACUACAUAUCAUGAACAACUAAUCAGUAUCAAGCAAUAGAAUUAGCUAUUUACAAAAAUUCUUAUGUAAAAUGAAGUUACUUUAUCUUCACAAAGACAGUUGGGUGAAGAACUACAAUGUAUCUCUUACCCACUGCCCCUGCCUUUUUUUUUUAAGGACCUUUGUUUUUCCCAGCAGUGUUUAUUAGACUUCAGUGUAUAAUACUUGCAGGCAAAAUUGUGUUUAACUUAUCACAAGCAUUUUACAUUAUUGAUACUAUUCUAGAUAUCUUUAAAUUUUCAGCUUUUCCUUUUUUUUCCAGAUAGGAUAACCCAGCUGGCCUUGAACUCAGGUCAGUCCUCCUGCCCCAGCGUCUUAGUGCUAUGAUGACAGAUGUGAGCCAUGAUGCCUAGCUAAAUUGAGUAUUCAGUGCUAACAUAUGGAAAUAUAAAUUUGUUGGUAUGUCUUAUGCCAUGUAAUAGUUAGAUCUACUCACUACCUUUAGCAGCUUUAAAAACAGAUUCUUUAAAUCAUGUUAUAUUCAAAUAAAGAUGAAUUUAUCUCUUUUUUUUCA